AUGAAUUAAAAAGAAUCAUCUUCUGUUAAUACAUCUCGUUAAUAAUAAUAAUCUCAUUAAAAUAAAGAAGAGAGUAAAUUAAAAAGUCUAUUGUAGGGUAGCUAUGAUUAUAUUCAUAGAGAAACUGGCAAAAUGAUAUAGAAAGUAUCUUGAUUAAUUAAGUUGAAUAGAAACUCUAUAAACGAGCAUUUUAACUUUUAGAUAAGUUUUCUAAUCAGCGUAAAGAUUUGGAAUUAAGUGAAAUGGUAAUGUUGAAUCGUAGGAUAAUAAAUUGCAUUAAUAAAAUCUUAAAAAAAGGAUUGUUGAAACCAGAUAUAGAACAAGAUAGACCUGAAAUGAUGAUUUAAAUUGUUCAAAGAGGAACUCAAGCAAUAUUUGAAUUAUAUAAAUACUUAAAUCUUUACAUAUAGAAAGUAAUGCCUAAUGAAAUGAAGGGAGUAGUGUAAUUAUAUGUUGUUAAUUUUAGUUUAGAAGAUGUUUCACAUUUGACAAGUUCAGAUGAAGAAGGAUAUGAAAAAAUUAAAGAACAUGAAGUUACUGUUUUAUUCUAUAAGAUUCAUGAAUAUGAAAAACCUAAAAAAGAGAAAACUAUAAAAUAAGCAAAAGAAAUUAAUUUUUAUGAGUAAGAAGUGUCAGAGUCUAGUCGUAUAGCUAAUAUGAUCGUCAAAACAUUAAAACCAUUAAACAUCUAAUUUGAAUUAGAUUAAUACUUUUACAAUUUAAUUGAAUUACUAUUAAUGGCAAAUUUGGUUUUUAAAAAAGCCAAUAAACCAAAAGUCGCUUAUUAUUAUUUGUUGGAAGCUUAAAGAAUAGCAAAAUAAAUGCUUGAUACUCCAAAUCCUAAUUUAGUGAAUGCUUGUGCUAAAGCAAAAGUUUAUUUAGCAAAUUAUUAUUAUGAAAUAAGUGAGUAUGAAGAAUCAUUAAAAGUUGCUGAAGAAGCAAUAGUAUUUUUAUGUGGAGAAAUGAGAAUCAGAAUAAAUUAAGAAAAAUUUGCAUAAAGAAAGUACAAAAAUAGAGAAAGAAAAAGGAUGAAAAGAUGCGUUAUAACAACUUUAUCUGCAUUGAUUACAAUGAUGUGUAAUUAUGAAGCUUAAGAUAAUUAUCAUAGGAUUGCAGAGUCAUUAACAACGGCUAGUUGGUUAGCAGAAAAAUACAUAUAAGGAAUAGAUGAGUUUAAGAAGCAUAUUAUAAAAUUGGCAAGUGAAGGAAAGCAUAGAGUUGAAUAAAAUCUAAAAGAUUUAGCUGAUUUAAGUUUUAUUGCUGAAUCAACAUUAGAUUCAGAGUUGAAUAAAAUUAGGAAAAAGCAUAGAGACAAAUUAGAAUAAUCAGAAUCUCAAUAUCUUAAGAAAUUUAAUAAUGAUAUGUAUCAUCUUUUUCAAAUGAAACCUUUAAAUUAAUAAUUAUAUUUAAAAACAUAGGUUAAAUAAGAAAAUAAAAUAAAUAAAUAAUUUGAUUAGAAAGUUGUUGAAUAAUCAUAACCUCAUGGAACAGACGCUUCAGUUAAUAUAUUUGAUAGUGAUUCUAAUAGCUAGGAUAGUUUUUUUGAUGGAAGUUUUUUUGCUCCUUCAAUAGACAAUUUAUAAUUUGAUAAUGAUAUCUUUGAAAAGAAGAGAACAUAAUCAGUAGCAAAGAAGCCUAUAAAAAAUAACAGAAAAUUAUUAAAGAUAAAUAGAAAAUUGGGAAAAUCAGUUGGUUUAAUUAAAAUAGGUUUAGAAAGACCUUUAGAUCAUAAAUCUAAAAUUUUAACAACUAAUUAGUAUUUUAAUGAAUUUCUGAAACCAAAAAAGUAAGAAGAGAGGAGUGUUAGUAAUGCAGGAANCUAUAAGAUUCAUGAAUAUGAAAAACCUAAAAAAGAGAAAACUAUAAAAUAAGCAAAAGAAAUUAAUUUUUAUGAGUAAGAAGUGUCAGAGUCUAGUCGUAUAGCUAAUAUGAUCGUCAAAACAUUAAAACCAUUAAACAUCUAAUUUGAAUUAGAUUAAUACUUUUACAAUUUAAUUGAAUUACUAUUAAUGGCAAAUUUGGUUUUUAAAAAAGCCAAUAAACCAAAAGUCGCUUAUUAUUAUUUGUUGGAAGCUUAAAGAAUAGCAAAAUAAAUGCUUGAUACUCCAAAUCCUAAUUUAGUGAAUGCUUGUGCUAAAGCAAAAGUUUAUUUAGCAAAUUAUUAUUAUGAAAUAAGUGAGUAUGAAGAAUCAUUAAAAGUUGCUGAAGAAGCAAUAGUAUUUUUAUGUGGAGAAAUGAGAAUCAGAAUAAAUUAAGAAAAAUUUGCAUAAAGAAAGUACAAAAAUAGAGAAAGAAAAAGGAUGAAAAGAUGCGUUAUAACAACUUUAUCUGCAUUGAUUACAAUGAUGUGUAAUUAUGAAGCUUAAGAUAAUUAUCAUAGGAUUGCAGAGUCAUUAACAACGGCUAGUUGGUUAGCAGAAAAAUACAUAUAAGGAAUAGAUGAGUUUAAGAAGCAUAUUAUAAAAUUGGCAAGUGAAGGAAAGCAUAGAGUUGAAUAAAAUCUAAAAGAUUUAGCUGAUUUAAGUUUUAUUGCUGAAUCAACAUUAGAUUCAGAGUUGAAUAAAAUUAGGAAAAAGCAUAGAGACAAAUUAGAAUAAUCAGAAUCUCAAUAUCUUAAGAAAUUUAAUAAUGAUAUGUAUCAUCUUUUUCAAAUGAAACCUUUAAAUUAAUAAUUAUAUUUAAAAACAUAGGUUAAAUAAGAAAAUAAAAUAAAUAAAUAAUUUGAUUAGAAAGUUGUUGAAUAAUCAUAACCUCAUGGAACAGACGCUUCAGUUAAUAUAUUUGAUAGUGAUUCUAAUAGCUAGGAUAGUUUUUUUGAUGGAAGUUUUUUUGCUCCUUCAAUAGACAAUUUAUAAUUUGAUAAUGAUAUCUUUGAAAAGAAGAGAACAUAAUCAGUAGCAAAGAAGCCUAUAAAAAAUAACAGAAAAUUAUUAAAGAUAAAUAGAAAAUUGGGAAAAUCAGUUGGUUUAAUUAAAAUAGGUUUAGAAAGACCUUUAGAUCAUAAAUCUAAAAUUUUAACAACUAAUUAGUAUUUUAAUGAAUUUCUGAAACCAAAAAAGUAAGAAGAGAGGAGUGUUAGUAAUGCAGGAAGAUUAUUAAAAAGAUAAUUAGAAAAUAUAGAAUAUAGAGAACAUCCAGAUAGAGAUGAACAUCAUAAAUAAGAUUUAGAUGUUUAUGUUAAUAAAAUGGUAACUGGUAAGAUAGAAACUAAUGAAUUUCAGGAUUAUAAUGAUAUUCUAGGAUAGUUAUUUAAUUUAAGAAAGAAAGAAGACUUUGAUAAGAAAGAAUUUUAUUUUGGUAGAAAAAUGCUCAAUUUGAAAGCAAAAGAAGAAAUCAUGUUUUAUAAGGAAUCAUUCAAUUCACCACCAGUAAAAGUAGAAAUAGACACAAAAGUUAGGGAUUAAGCACAUAUUAUAAAUGGUAAAAUAACAGCAGAAAAGGAAUUAAAAGAAUUGAAAAAAAAAAAGAUUGAUAAAAUGGUAGCAGGCAAAAAGAUAGUAUAAACUAAUGUUAAUAUUGAUUUAAAAGAUGAAGAAGAAACUAUUUAUUUGAGAAAAGUAUUAGAAAAAAGUAAGAAAAAGAAACUAAAAGAUUUUAUUUAUAAACAUAGAGAAGCCUUAGGAUUAUCAAAAUUUUUUGCAAAUUUACAUAGAGAAUAAAAAGAAAAAGAAAGGAUAUAAAAAUUAAAGUCAGCUUUUGAGAAAGAAACUUUAGUUGAAAUUUCUGAGAAUUAGAAUUUGUAAUAAUAAUCUACAAAACAAAGAAAAAAUGUCAGAAUUUUAGUACAAGAGAUUGAUAAGAAACCUCUAAAUCAUUAAUUAUCAUUGUAACCAUCUUAGAGUAGAAAUUCUUAACUUUGUUUAGAUGAUAUGAAGAUAUAAUCAACUCAGAAUUUAACACAAUAAAAAUCAAGUUCAAUACCUAAACCAAUAUUAAAGAGAACAUCUGAAACUUAAAAAAGUUUAUAGGUAAGUUAAUCAAUUCCAAAUUUGGAGGCUCAAGGAACAGAUUUAAUUUUAUAAUAAGAGAAACAAUAAAAAGUUUAGAGAUAGAUAAGAGAUCAAAUUGAAAAAUAAUAAAAGAAAUCUCAUCAAGUUAUUGGUAUGAUAAUAGAUGGAGUGGAAAGGAAAAUGGAUAUUGAAAAUAAGGAAUUAAAUAAAAUGUUGUUCAAACAAAAAGGAGGAUAGAAAUAAUACAUUGAUGAUGAUGAAAAAACUUAUUUGAAAUUUGCACCAAAAUUUUCAGAUAUGAGCAGAUCAACUUAUUUAAUGUAUAUUAAAAAAGAGUUAGCUGAAAAAUAAUUGUUUAGUUUAGAAGAUAAUUAACCACAAAGAAUAAUGAUGCCCAAAAAAAAUUAAUUGUCAGAUAUGGCUUAAAUGUUUAAAGAAUUAGGAUAACAUUUAUGA